AUGGAAAACAAAUCAAAUCGAGUUGAUCCAGAUGCAGGCUUUUAUGUAGUUUAUAAGGGUUCGAGGGUUUCUAUAGAAUGGGGCGCAGUCGAUGCAGUUCCCAAUUCUUCACAAACUCACUGUGUAAUCCAACGCAUAUGCUCCGUGACAUCAACUUAUUAUCUAUUGAUUGUGCAGAAAUCCUUAUACGAGGCCAGAUUUGACGAGCACGUUCAGUUCUGCCCGGAUUUUGGUAUAUUGUAUGUAUUAGAGGAUAAUGGAUCUGUUUUGGCUCAGUCACUACGGGAUACGGAAAAUGUAUCGAAUGAUAAAUGGCGGGUGGUAACUUUCGAUCCCCUUGAAUUAUCCGAGGAGGGUGUAAAUAUUAAAAGAGUUUGUUGCUCGUAUGAUGGUGUUAUUUUCGUGUCGGAAUAUUCUGAUAUUUAUGCUGUAGGCAACUGUGGAAUUAACUCUCAAUCACUGGAUUGCUAUCAACCGAAAUUUGUGCGGCUGUUUUCAAAAGUGGUAGAUAUAUUGGAUGUCAAGGCCGGAAAGAACUUUUUUGUUUUCUUGGCCCGAAAAAGAUUGCAAUUUGAAAGAACGUCAAUGAAGACGGAGCGCAAAUAUGAAGAACUACCAGAUCUUGUUUGCUUAGAUAUGCCUUACCAAAGAGAAGAUUGUGAAACGUUAUCAACAUUAGAUUCAUCAUUUCCAAACAGUGAUUUGGAAUCAAAUACGCAACGUCUGAUCAUGCUCGGACAAACAUUGCUUCAAACUGAAAUUUACACUAUGGGAUCUCCAAAAAAUGGCGUGCUGGGCACAGGAGACCAUAUUAAACGCGAUUCGAUCUUUGCUGUGCAAAAGCUAAAAGACAUUGGCGUUUGCAGUGUCUCAACUGGUAAAGAGUACACUAUUGUAAGAACAAUUGACGGGAGUUUUUACCAAUGGGGAAGUGUUCAACAACAAACAACAGAAAGUGUUCAACAACAAACAACAAAACACAUUGAACUAAGUUGUCCAACAGAAACGAAUUUUUUCAACGUAACUAACUGCAGUGUUUUGGAGGCCUGUUGUGGUGACAACAAAACUUUUCUAUUGACCACACAAGGUGAUGUUUACGAUGGGGGAAAACAACUAUAUCGGUCGUGCAAUGAAGAUGUCUCUAUAUUAGUAAUAGUAUCCCAUUUUCAGGAAUACAUUCAAGUACUUGAUACUUACUCCAAGCUUUUCUGCGAUAUGUAUUCCAUAGAUGGCUUUCAAGUGCUUCAAAACAUUCCGCAAUAUUCAACAAAUACAACAACUGAAAGCCAGAGUUCAUCGUCGUCGUCGACAUGCGAUGGUGAUGAACAAAAUAUUAUGAAAAUUUUUAAAGGCCCCUUUCAGUUGUUUCCACUUAUCACACAAUUGUUAGAGCAAAUACAAAAAUGCGACCACAAACACCAAGAAAAAUUGGCGUUCUGGUUGGAAUUUGUGCGGAAAAAUCGCAUUGACAUGGAGUUGGCAGAAAACACACGAGAUUUCUGGAGAGCGAACCAGAAAAAUUCUAAAAUUAUUCAUUUUAAACGAAAGAGUCGACGUGUUAUACUAACUUCUACUGCGGUACCUAUAAAAUUAUCCAAUUCUAUGAUGGGACUAAUCACUCCUGUUUUCAUUCUAUUUAACGAUUGUCUGUGCCAAGUGGGAAACCACGUAACUACAUUUCCCCUAGAGGCAGUGUGGUUGAAGAAGGAUGAUUCUGGCAUAACAAUUAAGACACCCGAGAAGAAAUUCACGAUGGUGGCUCGCAGUGAACUUGACAGCGAUCUUUGGUAUGACCAGUUGGAGUCUUCAAUUAAAAACAUACUGCGUUUGCCCGAAAAGGUGAAAGUUCCCGAAGUGCGCCUAAUAUAUUAUCACUUUACCACUCAUGCCGUAUAUUCUGGGGUUCAUGCAAAAGGUACAUUUUCGAAUGCCUUGAUGCAUGGCAAGUGCCGACUCCAGUUUCCCAGUGGUAAACUCUAUGCUGGAGACAUAAUUCAUGGUGUUAUCGAAGGCUUUGGGCGUAUGUUCCUGCCAAAAAUAGGAUUGUAUAAGGGCAACUUUAAAAACGGAAAAUUUUGGGGCCAUGGAACCCUCAUAAUGAACGAGAAGGAGAUAUAUGAUGGUAACUUUCGCAAUGGUUUCUUUCAUGGUCACGGACACUUGCAACAUCCCGAGUGUGUGUACAUUGGUGAAUUCGAAGACAACGUCAAGUGUGGUUAUGGUGUAAUGCACCAACUUAUGUCUGGAGAAAAAUAUCUCGGCAUGUUCGCCGAUAACAAACGAAUUGGAUCGGGAAUUUGCAUCACUGCAUCUGGUAACUACUUCGAGGGUUUUUUUGCCAACGGCGAACUUUCUGGAAAAUGUAUUGCAGUAUUUCCCAAUCAAUAUUAUUAUGAAGGCGAGUGUUCGCAGAUUGGACCGAGUGGUGCAGGAAAAUAUUAUAUGGUCACUAGUGGUUCGACUGAUCAAGAGCGCCUUGUGGGUAACAUCGUAACAGGAAAUAUAUUAUGUGGUCAAUUAAGUGGAAAAUGGGACAAUGUGAGAAUUAACAAUGGGCACAUGGAAAUAAAUGUAAAAUUCCAACAAUAUCCGAGCAGUCUGGGCAACGAUGCUGUUAAGGACCGUCAAAAAUGGUGUGGCUUGUUUGCCGACUUUGAAUACGAGAUUUUUGAUGAUUUAGCCAAUGCAACAAACCACUCCAAAGCCAUGACCUUUGCUCUUUGGAAUAGGGUGGUAGCAUUUGUGAACAAGCAGCAAGAAAUCGAAAAUGAUAAAAUGCCAGAACUGGAUAUUAUGAGUGGGAGAAACGGCGGAAGAGACUGGAGCGUCUUAGAACUAGACACAGCCGAUAAACUGAGCUUAAAUUCGUCGACUUCGUGCUAUGAUCAAGAACUACAGCUGAAUAAAUGUCAUUCCCAAUCACAGGAUACUCUUCUGCACGGAUGGGAUUUUUACAACUUGGAUUUGUUAAGUUCUUUUGGUACUGGCAAAAUAAAGAGUCAAGAUAAUGGAAAUGGAGAUCUAGGCAGCAUGUAUAAAUUCCCAACCCUUAUGGCAAUAAUGGAAUCCCUCGAAACAAGCGUGGAUUCAUUCAAUGACAGUGCUUUGGGUAAUAGCGAUCGGACAGAUAAUUGCAUUUCAAAGCAGACAGAAAUGGAAAUAAUACCAGCGGUUGGGAUGACCGAAUUGAGUGAUGCGGAUGUAAUCGCCAUCAAGUCAUACUUGACCGUUGCGUUUCGUUAUCGUUACCACCCCUUGAAACAUUUAAGUGACCGCAUAAUGCAAGCAUUCUAUCGAUCUUAUGGCUGCUGGAAGGUGAAACCAACGCCUCUCUUGGCCAAACAAGCGAUGAGAGAAUGGGAAUCAAUAUCGCUGAGAGUGUACAAAUUAGUUCGUCGCCUCUUUCCAGCGCUACCGGAGGAAUAUUGUGUCAUUGGUGAACAGAGGGAGGUUGUCUCUCACGUCACAUUGCUGUAUCCCAUACUCCUAACAGAGAAUAUUUACUCAAUGCUAUUUGUACUGUAUGCUAAUCAAUAUAGCUCCAAGGAUGAGGUAUACCGCCAAAACCUUAUCCAAGCAGAAAAACUGUCUGACGAGGAACUGAUCAACCGCUUAGACUUUGACAGAGAUCUGCUAGCGGUGAUCAAAACCGAACAAUUUGCUGAUGCCAUUGAUAUGCUACAUAAGCUGAAAGAAAAAUAUAGUCCCAUAGCAAUGCUAAAUGUGAUAGAAAACUGUAUGGAAAGAUUGACCCAAGCUCAUAAAGUUAUAUCACGGGAUAAUCAGAACAGUUUCAAUGCUGAUAUAAUCAUGCCCCUGACAUUAGUGCUACUGCUUCGGGCAGGCGUUCAGCACUUAGGCGCAGAGCUGGCAUUGCUGGACGACUUGACCGAUGGUAAAACUUUUCAAUUGGAAAUGAAUGGCAUACGUGGCUACUGCUUAACAACUUUAAAGGCCUCAUAUGAACACUUGGCAAAUAAAUCAUCAUUGUUAGGAAACAAGUAA